CAAGGGAGACCCCCCAGGCGACUGGACCCCAUGGCUCCCUGGAAGACACCCUGGCUGCUGCGUAUGUGGAUGGUCUUCAUGUGUGCUACCCUCCUGCAGGCCGCAGCAGAGAAAUCUCCGGGAGCCUACUUCCUUCCCGAGUUUGCACUCUCUCCUCAGGGGAGUUUUCUUGAAGACACCACAGGGGAGCAGUUCCUCACUUAUCGGUAUGAUGACCAGACCUCAAGAAAUGCUCGCUCAGAUGAAGACAAAGAUGGCAACUGGGAUGCCUGGGGUGACUGGAGUGACUGUUCCCGGACCUGCGGGGGAGGAGCAUCCUAUUCUCUGAGAAGAUGUUUGACAGGGAGGAACUGUGAAGGGCAGAAUAUUCGAUACAAGACGUGCAGUAAUCAUGACUGUCCUCCAGAUGCGGAAGACUUCAGAGCCCAGCAGUGCUCAGCCUACAAUGACGUCCAGUAUCAGGGGCGCUAUUAUGAAUGGCUCCCACGGUAUAACGACCCUGCCGCCCCGUGCGCGCUCAAGUGUCACGCGCGAGGACAUAACUUAGUAGUGGAGCUGGCACCUAAGGUGCUGGAUGGGACGCGCUGUAACGCUGAUUCUCUGGACAUGUGUAUCAGCGGCAUCUGUCAGGCAGUGGGCUGUGACCGGCAGCUGGGAAGUAACGCCAAGGAGGACAACUGUGGCGUCUGCGCUGGCGAUGGCUCCACCUGCAGGCUUGUGCGGGGACAGUCGAAGUCACACGUCUCUCCCGAAAAAAGAGAAGAAAAUGUAAUCGCUGUUCCUCUGGGAAGUCGAAGCGUGAGAAUUACAGUAAAAGGACCUGCCCAUCUCUUUAUUGAAUCCAAAACACUUCAAGGAAGUAAAGGAGAACACAGCUUUAACAACCCUGGAGUCUUUGUGGUAGAAAACACUACGGUCGAAUUUCAGCGGGGCCCAGAGAGGCAAACCUUUAAGAUUCCAGGACCUCUAAUGGCUGAUUUCAUCUUCAAGACCAGGUACACCGCGGCCAAGGACAGCGUGGUCCAGUUUUUCUUCUAUCAGCCCAUCAGUCAUCAGUGGAGACAGACAGACUUCUUUCCCUGCACUGUGACUUGUGGAGGAGGUUAUCAGCUCAAUUCUGCGGAAUGUGUGGAUAUCCGCUUGAAGAGGGUGGUUCCUGACCACUAUUGUCAUUACUACCCUGAAAACGUAAAGCCAAAACCCAAGUUGAAGGAAUGCAGCAUGGAUCCUUGUCCGUCAAGUGAUGGAUUUAAAGAGAUCAUGCCUUAUGACCACUACCAGCCCCUGCCCCGCUGGGAACAUAAUCCUUGGACUGCAUGUUCUGUGUCCUGUGGAGGAGGGAUUCAGAGGCGGAGCUUCGUGUGUGUAGAGGAAUCUAUGCAUGGAGAGAUACUGCAGGUGGAGGAGUGGAAGUGCAUGUAUGCACCCAAACCCAAGGUUAUGCAAACCUGCAAUCUGUUCGAUUGCCCCAAGUGGAUCGCCAUGGAGUGGUCUCAGUGCACCGUGACUUGUGGCCGAGGGCUACGUUACCGGGUUGUUCUGUGUAUCAACCAUCACGGAGAACACGUUGGCGGUUGCAACCCACAGCUGAAGCUGCACAUUAAAGAGGAGUGUGUCGUUCCCAUCCCGUGUCACAGACCCAAAGAAAAAAGUCCAGUGGAAGCUAAAUUACCCUGGUUGAAACAAGCACAAGAACUAGAAGAGACCAGAAUAGCAACAGAAGAGCCAACGUUCAUUCCAGAACCCUGGUCUGCCUGCAGUACCACGUGUGGGCCGGGUGUCCAGGUCCGAGAGGUGAAGUGCCGCGUCCUCCUCACAUUCACGCAGGCAGAGACCGAGCUGCCAGAGGAAGAGUGUGAAGGCCCCAAGCUUCCCACCGAGCGGCCGUGCCUCCUGGAAGCAUGUGAUGAAGGCCCUGCCUCUCGCGAGCUGGAUGUCUCUCUCCACGAGGACAGUGAGACGACUUACGACUGGGAGUACGCUGGGUUCACCCCUUGUACAGCGACAUGUCUGGGAGGCCAUCAAGAAGCCAUAGCAGUGUGCUUGCACAUCCAGACCCAGCAGACGGUCAACGACAGCUUGUGUGAUAUCGUCCACCGUCCUCCAGCGAUGAGCCAAGCCUGUAACACGGAACCCUGCCCGCCCAGGUGGCACGUAGGCUCUUGGGGGCCCUGCUCAGCUACCUGCGGCAUUGGAAUCCAGACCCGCGAGGUGUACUGCCUGCACCCGGGGGAGUCCCCUGCCCCUCCUGAGGAAUGCAGGGAGGAAAAACCCCAUGCCUUGCAAGCGUGCAAUCAGUUCGACUGUCCUCCUGGCUGGCACAUUGAAGAAUGGCAGCAGUGUUCCAGGACGUGCGGCGGGGGGACGCAGAAUCGAAGGGUCACCUGUCGGCAGCUGUUGACGGAUGGCAGCCUUUUGAACCUCUCUGAUGAGUUGUGCCAAGGACCCAAGGCAUCGUCUCAUAAAUCCUGUGCCAGAACGGACUGUCCUCCACAUCUGGCUCCAGGAGACUGGUCAAAGUGUUCUGUCAGUUGUGGGGUUGGCGUCCAGAGAAGAAAGCAGGUGUGUCAGAGGCUGACAGCCAAAGGCCGGCGUAUUCCCCUCAGCGAGACCAUGUGCAGGGAUCUACCGGGCCUCCCUCUUGUAAGAUCUUGCCAGAUGCCUGCGUGCAGUACAGAAACGAAACCAGAGACAAAGACAAAGCUUGGUGAACAGGGUCCUCAGAUCCUCAGCGUCCAGAGAGUCUACAUCCAGACGAGGGAAGAGAAGCGCAUCAACCUGACUAUCGGUAGCAGGGCCUAUCUCCUGCCCAACACAUCUGUGAUUAUUAAAUGCCCAGUGCGCCGAUUCCAGAAAUCCCUGAUCCAGUGGGAGAAGGAUGGCCGUUGUCUGCAGAACUCCAAACGGCUGGGCAUCACCAAGUCGGGCUCUCUCAAAAUCCACAGCCUGGCAGCCCCCGACAUCGGCGUGUACCGGUGUGUUGCAGGCUCCGCCCAGGACACAGUGGUCCUCAAGCUCAUCGGUACCGACAACCGGCUCAUCGCUCGCCCGGCCCUCCGAGAGCCCUUGAGGGGCUACCCUGGGAUGGACCACAGCAAGGCCAGUAGCUUAGGAUCCACGUGGCAUAAAAUGCGGCGAAUGUGGGGUCACAAAAACAAGCUCUCUCUGGAUGAGAGCCGGAUCACUACCCAGCCUUUCUGGAGAGUUCUCCUGGGCCAUUGCAGCAACUCUGCAGGGAACACCGACUCCUGGGAAUUGAAGCAUAAGCAGUUCGAAGCCGCAGUCAAACAGGGCGCCUACAGCAUGGAUACUGCCCAGUUUGAGGAGCUCAUCAGGAACAUGAGUCAGCUCAUGGAAACCGGAGAGGUCAGCGAUGACCUCGCAUCCCAGGCGAUCUACCAGCUGGUGGCCGAGUUAGCGAAGGCACCGCCAGCCCAUACGCCGUGGAGGGGCUUCCAGGAAGAGGGCCACCCCGUGGCUCAGCUCAGGGGAGAAACCGGAAGCGUGCCCCAAAGUGCGAAUGUGCAAAAGGCAGGCAAGCUAACCUUCAAGCCCAGGCAACCUGUCCUCCUGAGGCAGAGCCAACCCUCCUCAAUGUCGUUUAAUAAAACGAUUAAUUCAAGGAUUGGAAAUACGAUAUACAUCACCAAAAGGACAAAGACGAUCAAUAUACUGUGUGAGCUGGUGACCCCCAGUGAGGCCACAUAUGCGUGGACCAAAGAUGGAGUGCCGUUGCAUCCCUCAGCGAAAAUAAUUAUGGAUGAAACUGGGAAAAUACAGAUACGGAAUCCGACAAGGAAGGAGCAAGGCAUAUAUGAGUGUUCUGUAGUGAAUCACCUUGGGUCCGACGCGGGAGCCUCCUCCGUGCUGUACUCAGAGGCACCUGUCAUCUUGUCUAUUGAAAGAAACGUCACCAAGCCCGAGCACGACCAUGUGAUCGUCGUGGUCGGAGGCAUUGUGGAGGCAGCCCUUCAAGCCAACGUGACAAUCCGAUGUCCCGUCAAAGGUGUCCCUCAGCCUAAUGUAACUUGGUUGAAGAGAGGAGGAUCUCUGAGUGACAAUGUUUCCUUGCUUUUCAAUGGAUCCCUGUUGUUGCAGAAUGUUUCCCUCGAAAAUGAAGGAACCUACGUCUGCACAGCCACCAAUGCUCUCGGAAAGGCAGUGGCGACGUCUGUGCUCCACUUGCUGGAAAGAAGAUGGCCAGAUAGUAAAAUGAUAUUUCCCAAAGGACAUACAAAGCAUGUUCUCCUAGUAUCCCGGGCUGGAGCCAAUAGCAGUGACCCAAGAGGAGCCCUGCCUCAAGAGCCUUUUUGGGAGUUUGGUAACUGGUCACUUUGUUCUGCCACCUGUGGCCCCUUGGGAGCCCGCGUUCAAAGGCCCCGAUGUGUGAUGGCCAAUGGGCAGGAAGUGAGUGAGGUCCUUUGUGGUCACCUCCAGAAGCCACUGGGUGGAUUUCAACCCUGCAACAUCCGGGACUGCCCCACAAGGUGGUUCUCAAGUGUGUGGUCAGAGUGCUCCGUGUCUUGUGGUAAAGGAUUCCAUAGUCGGCAAGUGACGUGCAAGCAGACAAGAGCCAAUGGGACUGUCCAGGUGGUGUCUCCAAGAGCGUGUGCCCCUCAAGAUCGGCCUCUGGGAAGGAAGCCGUGUUCCAGUCAUCCAUGUGGUCAGUGGGCCAUCGAACCAGGGAGCCAGAGUCCUGGAUGCUGCCUGGGUCGUGCAGGGAGGAUGCAGCAGCACCAUGCAGCUUGUCAGCCCCACAACGGCUCUGAUUCCACCUGUGAUGACCAAAGGAGACCCACCUUUAAGAGGAACUGCACACUGGGGGCCUGUGACGUGUGUUGGCGUGCAGGCCCUUGGAGGCCCUGCACGGCAGCCUGUGGCCGGGGCUUCCAGUCUCGGAAGGUGGACUGUGUCCACACCAGGAGCUGCAGACCUGUGGCCGAGAGACACUGUGUGCAGAACCAGAAGCCAGCUUCCUGGCAGCACUGCCUCGGGCCUUCCUGUGACAGUAUGUACUCCUCUCAGCCCUCUACAAACAACGGUGCUGCCAGUCCUGUCGAGAAGAGUAAGCGAUCGGAGAGUCACGAUGCUGCUGUGAACCAGAACGGAAAACACUACAAAGCUCUCUCCCCCACGUCACUGGUUCAAAACCAUGUUGCUUCCUAAUAGUCUCUAGAGUCCACCAUCAAAUGGAGUUCCAUGCAAGAAGACCAGUUGAAGUUGUGUGAAGACAUUUUCCCAUGGUCAGCUUUUCAUUUCGAGUCCUUUUAAAUGAUUUAAGAUCAGCCAACCAACCAUAGCACACCUGGCAUGCACUCGGGAGCUCUCAGAGUCUGUCUGAUCAGGAAAUCGGCAAUGUCGUGAGCACGUCGUCACAUGCUGCGUCUUUCCUGUGAUGUGUAGACUAGCACAGAGUAGUACGUGUUAAAGACUUGGGAAACGCAGCAACUGGUGGCUUCCUCUUCUCUCAAGUUGAAGGGAUUCAACAGGUUUCUAAGAUAUGUAUUGGGUUGUCAGAAAAGUCGUGAUGGAUUUUUGCAUAGAGAAACACGUCAUGACUUUUCUGAUUACCCACUACGUUUUAGAAGCACCAGCAGGUAGUUGUGAAGAUGUUGGUGCUAAUGGCUUUUUCACAGGUCCUCAAACUAGAGGACCUGUGAAAAAGGAGACAGUCUUCCCUGGACAGGCUGAUGACACUGACUGACCCAAGGAUUCAAGAGGAUGGCCUCUCAUCCUUGCUCCUAAAACACCCAUGAGAGAAAAUUCAGAGUCUGUAUCGCUGCCAUUUUCACAACUACAGAAAUACAUCUGUGACCAAAUGAGGCAUCUUGGAAAUCAAAGAAGAGGGAAAUUUAACCUUUUCUACUGUUUUUAAACUAUGUUCAAAGCUUUCUUGCAAGAUCUGUGAAACUGUGUAAGCACUAUUCUCUUGCACACUAACACACAACCAAAGCCUUACUAGACCUAAUUUAUGCAUAAGAUCAUAUUCCUGAGGAUUUUUAUUGUGGAAGAUUUAUAAGAAAGUGAUCUAAAUAAACAUGAUAGUCGAAAAGAAUUGUUUAUAGUGAAGAACUGCUUGAAUUUGAGCUGACUUUUCAGGAAAUCCAAAGCGAAUUACAGUUAGGCUGGAAGUUCCAUUUAGGACUAGGGGCUAGAGUUAGGAUUUGGGGAAAAGUAUCCGGCUUUGCUUUAGUUUAGGAUUAGAGCUAGAGUUAGCUAGGUGAGAACAGAAGUUAAAUUAGGCUUAAGGCUAGACUUAGCUUUAGGGUUAGGGUAAGUUAGAUCAGGGUAGGAUUGGGUUUAGAUUUGGGUCGCUGCUGGUGCUAGCGAUCGUGUCAGAGUGGAGGGUCAGUUUGGAGGAAAUGCUGCUGAGUAGGUUCAGGCUGGCAUUAAAUGCUAGUACUAAUUUGGUCAGGGACAAUUCCCCUGUAUGCUACUAGUUAGGCCUUCAAAUGGUACACAGCCCCCAGGAAGUGGUCAAACACCCUUAUUCAGUGUCCCAGGUGCCUACAUGCAGCUGCCUACAGCCUGUCAGCAAGGACAUUCCCUGAAGCUGGUCAUGCUGGGCCUGGUCCCUGGUCCAUCAGAAGGGAAGAGCUUACUUCGGCUUUGGAUCUGUCUGUGGACAAGCUCGCUGAGUCUCUCUGCCGUAUUCUGAGCUCCAAGUCUCUUCUGUUCUAACUUCAGCCUCACUGACACUGGGAUGAGCACUACUGUAUGUGGAGGGUGUGGUGAUUGGGAACGGAUGGGGGGAAGUAAAGAGGACACACCAGCCCACGAGUUGUUAAUCACCAAUCACAUCUGACUGUUGAAGGUUAUUAAAUUAAAAGAGAGAUCAUUUGUAAAAUACUCUUUGUAUAUAUUUAUUAUAUGACUUAAAGGUGCAAUAUUUUAUUUUGUACAGUAUGUAAUAAAGACAUGGGACAUAUAUUUUUCUUAUUAACAAAAUUUCUUAUUAAAUGUCUUCACCUUCAUAUUUAAAGUUCAAAGUUACUAUUUUCAUUUGCUAUUGUACUCCUGUCUUGUUAUCAUUCAAAUGACGUAAUGUAUUUUACUACUGUUUUUAUAACAUGAGAAUUAAUGUUUCUCUUUCAUGAUCCUUAAGUAAUUCAGAAAUAAAUUUUCUUUGGUUAUUCAGUGGCAUCCUUCUCAAUGCAGCUUAUUUGUGUGUGUAUUUUUUUUUUUUUUUGUAGCUUUGUUUUUUUGUCUCCUUGGUUGCUUCCCCAGGUACAAACCCCAGGGUCAGUGUCCUGGACUGUUCUUUGGAGUGUCAGUUACAAGAUUCAGAGCGGAUCUCAGAGACAUUCACUCUGAUUCCCUCAUCCCAGUCAUUUACAUCCUGCAAGUCAUAUUUAGGAGAACGUCAA